AUGACUGAGAGCAGCAGCGCGACUCUGACUUCCACAAGCGAGACCAGCAGCGUAUCGCUAACCAGCUCGUUGAGCAGUACGACAGAGACCAGCAGCACGACCCUGACUUCUUCAAGUCAGACCAGCAGUGCGUCGAGCACCUCGUCGUUGAGCAGCACGACGGGGUCCAGCAGCUCGACGUUGAGCAGCACGACGGUCAGCAGCACGACGAAGAGCAGCAGCACAACCCUGACGUCCACGAGUCAAACCAUCAGUGCGUCGAGCACCACUUCGCUGAGCAGCACUACUGAGAGCAGCAGCACGACGCUAACUUCCACGAGUGAGACCAGCAGCAUGACUAGCACCACUUCGUUGAGCAGCUCGACCGGCACUAGCAGCACGACAUUGAUCAGCACGACGCAGAGCAGCACCGCAUCUUUGAGCAGCACGACGGUUACCAGCACAAGUUCUUUGUUCAGUACGACGGAUAGUAGCAGCACGACAGGUAGCAGCAGCACUACUUUGACAAGUACGACGGAGAGCAGCACGACGCAGAGCAGCAGCACGACCCUGACUUCUACGAGCGAGACGAGCAGUGGGUCAAGCACUACGACAUUGAGCAGCACGACGGGAAGCAGUACCACGACCUUGACUUCCACGAGUGUGUCCAGCAGUAUAACGAGCACCACUUCGUUGAGCACCACGACUGAGACCAGUAGCACGAGUUUGACAAGCACGACGCUGAGCAGCACAUCGGAUACCAGCACGACGAAAAGCAGCAGCACGACUCUGACUUCUUCAAGUCAGACCAGCAGUGCGUCGAGUACCACUUCAUUGAGCAGCACGACUGCUACCAGCACCGCAUCUUUGAGCAGCACGACGGAGAGCAGCAGCACAACCCUAACAUCGACCAGUGGAACCAGCACCCUGUCUAGCACCACUUCGCUGAGCAGCUCGACCGGCACUAGCAGCACGACGUUGAGCAGCACCACGGAGAAGUAG